GCUAGAGCGUCGAGAAGGGGAAGAGUGGAUUCCCGUGGUUUGAGCGGGGAGAGGUUAGCAGUUGGGUUGGAAGCAGAGAGAGAGAGGCGAGGGCGCGGAGGGGCCGUCGAGUUUGCUGAGGGGCGUUGUAAAGAGAGGGGCGAAUUGGUUGGCGGAUGGGUUUGUCCCGGAGGAGAGAUGGGGUCGGAGACGGAGAGCAGCCGAGGGUUGGAGGAGUCGGAGAGGGGGCGCGUGGAGAGGUUGGAGUUGGAGAACGAGAGGUUGAAGGAGAAGUUGAGGGGGUUGAGGGCGAAGAUAGUGGACACGGUGACGUUGGUCAAGAUGUACAAGGAGUGUCAGUUGGAGUUGGAGAGGAAGAGCGCGCAGGUGGAGAGCAAGCAGAGGGAGUUGGAGUUGGAGAGGGAGUUGUGGAACGGGAUAUUGUGCGAGAAGCAGGAGGAGCACAGGAGGGAGGUGGCGGGGUACGAGGCUAGGUUGAGGGAGUUAGAGGAGAGAGUGAGGGAGAAGGUGAUAGACCAGCGUUCGCACAGUUUCGUGGUGUCACAGUUGGAGGCGAAGUUGAGGGACACGGAGGCGAAGUUGAGGGGUUUGCAGAGCGAGGCGAGGAGCAGGAGUCAGGAGUCGGUGAGGAGGGGGGAGGAGGGAGAGAGGGCGUUGGAGAAGUGCAACGCGGUGAUAUACAAGUUGCAGAGGAGGGUGGAGGAGGUGGAGAGGAGGAACGCGGAGUUAGAGAGGAGGGUGGGGGAGAGGAUGGAGGUGGAGAGGAUGGAGGUGGUGGGGAGGAGCGCGGGGGUGGAGGUGGUGGUGGGAGGAGAGGUGGCGGUGGAGGAGGUGGGAGGAGAGGUGGUGGAGGAGGAGGUGGGAGGAGAGGUGGCGAUGGAGGUGGCGAUGGAGGUGGGAGGAGAGGAAGCGAUGGAGGUGGGAGGAGAGGAAGCGAUGGAGGAAUACGAUAGCGAGUUUGAGGAGAUAAUGGGGGAGUUUGAGAGGGAGUUGGAGGAGGAGUGGGCCGCGGGAGGCAGUUGUGGGGAGGCGAAGGAGGUGGCGAAGGAGGUGGCGAAGGAGGUGGUGAAGGAAGUGGUGAAGGAAGAGGUGAAGGAAGAGGCGAAGGAGGUGGUGAAGGAAGUGGCAAAGGAGGUGGUGAAGGAAGGGAUGGGGAAAGAGGCGAAGGAAGAAGUGAGGGAAAAGGCGAAGGAAGGGAUGAGGAAAGAGGCGAAGGAAGGGAUGAGGAAAGAGGCGAAGGAAGAAGUGAAGGAAAAGGCGAAGGAAGAGGUGAAGGAAAAGGCGAAGGAAGAGGUGAAGGAAGAGGCGAAGGAAGAGGUGAAGGAGGAGAGUGCGUUGGGAGAAAUAGGGUGUGGAAGUACGGAGGAGGUAUGGAGAUCGAUUAGAAGGUGCGGGGAGUUAGAGAAUGGGGAGAGGGAGAGGAGUUUAGUGGAGUUGGUGAGCAAAUUUAGCACGGCGAAGUCGCGUCGGUUAGUGAGGGGUGUGGUGUGGUACAUGAAGGACAUGAUAGAGGUGGAGUUGAGGGCGAGGUGGGGAGAGGGGGGGAGAGGGGGUGUUUAUGAAGGACGAGGAGGGGUGGAGGGUGCUAUUGAGUCUGGUGAGUGCGGGCGUUAG